UGUGAAGUGGGACGGCCUUGUUUGAAACUCGCAAGUUGUUCAACUUUUUCCACGACCAGCACUUCAGUGGUACUUUCUUGAUUAGGUUUAUGCGCUCCGUUCUGUUACAAGAUGCCUUGGAACUGACCUGAGAUCAUAUUGACACACGAUGGCUCCUUUUGGAAGAAACUUUCUGAAGGCGCGCUUGAAGAACAGGUCUAAAGUUGUAGAGGAGACACCAGGAAAGGAAAUCCAGGUGCUUGUGUGUCAUGAAGAAAAAGUAGUCUGUGGUGUGACCAAGCACACAACCUGUGCAGAUGUAGUUAAGGCCUUAUUGGAGGACCACAAGACUAUACCAGAAAGUAAGAGGCUCUUACAUGGGGAACCUAAAGACUUCUGCAUCCUGGAACGGUGGAAGGGUUUUGAGAGAGCACUGCCACCUCUCACUCGAAUCCUUCGCCUAUGGAAUGCUUGGGGCGAUGAGAGACCUUUCAUACAGUUUGUCCUCAUGAAGACCAGUGAUUUUGUGCCAUCAUCCAAGGGAGCCAAGAGGGCCACGAAGUCUCGGGGAGCGAGGUCCAAGAGAUGGGACCAAGGACCUGCACAGUACGCCAAAACUGUAUCUGUGGAGAAGCAGAAGCGCAUGGUGAAGAAGGCCUUCCGUAAAUUGGAGAAGAUCCAAAAAGGAGAGACAUCCGAGGGCUCAGAAGAGAUCAGUAAGCUUGUAUGGUUGAUCAUCUCCCAGGAUCAGACCAUCCGGCAGCAGAUUCACCAGAUGCGUGAGCUAGACGUGGAGAUUGAACGAGCAGAGGAACAACAGAGGAGCAGCCCCACGCCUCGCUCCAGCAUCACCGAGAGUGAUGACAGCCAAUCGCUGUCCAUGUCCCAAUUUGACAGCCAGCUUCAGGAGUACCUGUACACCAGUGAUGGAAUCGAGCAACUAGACCUACAUAUUUGCAGGCACCAAGAACUCAUUGACCAGCUCUCUCGAGAUAUUGACUUAGAGCUGAGGAACUGGACUUCAGAAUUAGAAGAUUUAAAAGGAGCAGCAGCUGCUAGUCCAGAACUAGAGCUGGAACACAAACUCUCGUUGUCCUCCUCAGAUCUCGUAGAGCUGGAAAGCUUACGCAACGAAUUUGAGACAAGUAUGAGAGCUGGGCUUUCCCUCCAUGUCCAAAUGCAGGAAAUGGAGAAGGAACUACAGCGGAACAAAACAGCCCUGCAGUCCCAGAACCAGGAAUACCAGCAUCUAGUUGCCCAACUCACUGCGCUUGAGCUGGAGGCCUGUCCGGACCAGCCGAGCCCUGUAUCUCUGAAGAGCCAGAUCAGGGCCACUGUCUCUCAGCAGACAACAGGCAAGGUCAGACAGACAUGCUCCCCUACAGAUGCAACAGACACAGACUCAGACACUGGAAUAAGCUCUACUCACAGUCAGGACUCACUGUCGCCCUGUGUGGACAGGUCACCUCCUUUGGACACUGAUGUUUGAAGCUAAGGAUUACUUGUGUUUUUACCUACAUAUGCUUAAUGACUCCAACAAUGAAACACAUAGCUUGAAGGGAUAUUUCACCGCUAUCUCACGACCAAUUCGUAUGUAUUUUACGAGGUGGCUAAUUAAUACGACGUCACUCAUACGAAUUCAUACGAUUUGUCUAAACCCCAGUGAUGGGUAGGUUUAGGGGCGAAGUUAGGGGUAGGUCAUUCCUACGAAUUCAUACGAAUUUGACAACUCGUAAAAUACGUACGAUUUAGCAAAAAACUUCAAUUUCAUACAAGUGAGCUCAUACGAAUUCGUACAAUUAGCAUAAAUACAUACGAAUUGCUGUGAGAUCAGAUUGGAUAUUUUACCCAAAAAUGACAAUUCUGUCAUCACCACAAAAGAUAUUUUGGAAGGAUCUUAGUUACCAUUGACUUACACUAUAUGUACAAAAAACAUUGAGACAUUUCUCAAAAUAUCUUCUUAUGUGUUCCACAGAAGUAAGAAAAUCGUAUAAUUUUGAAAAAAUAUGAGGGGGAGUAAAAGAUGACAGAACUGUCCCUUUAACAUUUGUUAUGCUGUUACAGUUAUAGAUAUUGAUGUGAAUUCAUUUUUAGUCACCUCAAGUUUUCUCUCCCUAUUAGAAUUCAUAUGCACUUAAAGCUCACAUUAAAUAUAUAAAAGAACAAAAAAACCUAACAAUAAGCUGAAAAAAAAUUAAUUGUUGGGUUUCAUUCAUCUUUAAAAUUAACCUUCAUUCUGUGUUUAUUUUUUGAAUCCUGCUGAUAUUUAUUAAGCCUAUAUUUUCCACAAUUUUAAAUUUUUUUGUUCACAGUUUAGUUUUUACAAAAAUGUUUCAAAUGCAGUAUAAAAUAUUUUAACGUAAUCUGUGUAAAUGGCAAUAGCAAAAUAUAAAAGAAAUGUUUAUAGCUAUAUGAACAAGAUUCUUCAUAUAAAGAACAUGCACUUGUUUUAUAUUAAAACAAGCUUUUAGACUUUGUAUAUAAGCUCUACUUUUUAACAUGUUUCUUUUUUUUAAAUGUACAGUAUAAACAGCUAACUGCACAGAUUGCAAAAUAUAGAGAUAAAAGUUAUCACAUAUGCAUAAUUUAUUUGUUUUUCUGUUUAUUUCAAAAUAAAUUGAUCAAUAUUCAAAUUCAUUUGAAACUUUAAGCCUUUUGAGCAUGGCUAAAAGCAUAGUGCUUUUGCAAUGCAAGAUGUGUUGUCAACUAUAGUCACAGUACACUGCGUACACUCAUGCUCCCUUCAAAUAGACAAUCCAUUCUGACACUAAUACAAACACAAGUAAGGAAAAUUUGAAUUCUAAUAAGAAAACUCUUCUGCAUUUUUUCAGUCAGUGCCAGUAAAAAGACAUUUGAGUCCUUUUGCUUCAAGUAAUUGCCUCAUUCUUUCUUUAAAACCUGCAAACAGCAGAGACUUAGCAGUACUAUUAGACUGCGGUCUCAUUGCUUCAUUGAAUUAAUGCAGGGUCUUUAAUGCCAAGUUCCUGAAGGGUAACAACGUGUUACGCUGCUGUCAUUCAGCGUGACUCAUAACAAAUGGGAUUUUAAAGAAGGCUCCAUUUUGUAAUGCAAAACAAAUGGGUUUUAAACAGUUGCAUUAUGCAGCAGGCCGUGGUAUUCAGAGGGUGUUAAUGAAGCCUUGCUUCAUUGGAUCCUUCUGAGUGCCGGCUUCGCACUGAGAUAAUAACCAAAUUCCCCUUCAUUGGCUCUGAUCCCACACAGCACCCCAUGUAGGGUGUUGCCAAUACAAAGUCCGAGGGCUCUUUAAUGUCUUCACUACCAACGUCGUGACUUGUUUACCUCCACUGUCAGUUCAGGAGGAACCAGAGGGCUGCCAGGACUCUGUCGCGGCCGUAAUUUCCUGUGCGAAAAUGGCAAUUACUGACUUUUAUCUCUCGCUAUUGCUGUGGUAGUAUUUCCAGAACUAACAAUUACACUAGUCAAUUCUUGAAAACAGUCCUUUUAGAUUGUGUCAGGGCAGCUCCCCCCAUGUUGAACUUUCAAUUACGAAUACUGUGGCAUCCUCACAUUUGGCUAAAAAGUAAGUUAGGUGGCAUAAAAGGAGAAGAGGAAUGGACUUUUGCAUGGCAAGUCAUUUUACCACCAAGACCAUCAUGUAACAAGACACUUGUAUUUUCUUUAACUAGAUCAAGGAACCCAUUCUACUCAACUUCAUAAACACAUGUGGUUUCUGAUCCAACAAGUGACUGAAUCAUCUUAAGACAAAAUAGUCCUGCCGCCUGCAUGCUGCAAUCUUCAAAAAAAACAGUCACAUUAUCUUGUCAGUUUGCCUUGACAUUUCCUGAAUGUUUGGGGGCUUUUUUCCACUUAAGUCAGUGAUUUGUAUGUUAAUGUUUCUCUCAUACAAACCAAUGAGUUUUGAACUUGUACCAAAGAGCAAAUAAACUAAUUUUAGGAUCUCUUUUA